UUGAUUCGAACCGAUUCGAACCGAUUCGAGUCGAUUCGAGUCGAUUCGAACCGAUUCGAGUCGAUUCGAACCGAUUCGAACCGAUUCGAACCGAUUCGAGUCGAUUCGAACCGAUUCGAACCGAUUCGAACCGAUUCGAGUCGAUUCGAACCGAUUCGAAAAAAAUUUUUCUGGGUGGUUAUUCGAGUCUGGGUGGUUAUUCGAGUCGAUUCGAGUCGAUUCGAGUCGAUUCGAGUCGAUUCGAGUCGAUUCGAACCGAUUCGAACCGAUUCGAGCCGAUUCGAGUCGAUUCGAGCCGAUUCGAAUCGAUUCGAAUCGAUUCGAAUCGAUUCGAAUCGAUUCGAGGCAUUUUUUUUUAAUUUUUCUGGGUGGUUAUUCGAGUCGAUUCGAUCCGAUUCGAGUCGAUUCGAGUCGAUUCGAGUCGAUUCGAGCCGAUUCGAGUCGAUUCGAUCCGAUUCGAGUCUAUUCGAGUCGAUUCGAGUCGAUUCGAGUCGAUUCGAGCCGAUUCGAGCCGAUUCGAGUCGAUUCGAGCCGAUUCGAAUCGAUUCGAAUCGAUUCGAAUCGAUUCGAAUCGAUUCGAGGCAUUUUUUUAAUUUUUCUGGGUGGUUAUUCGAGUCUGGGUGGUUAUUCGAGUCGAUUCGAUCCGAUUCGAGUCGAUUCGAGUCGAUUCGAGUCGAUUCGAGUCGAUUCGAGCCGAUUCGAGCCGAUUCGAGUCGAUUCGAGCCGAUUCGAAUCGAUUCGAAUCGAUUCGAAUCGAUUCGAAUCGAUUCGAGGCAUUUUUUUUUAAUUUUUCUGGGUGGUUAUUCGAGUCUGGGUGGUUAUUCGAGUCGAUUCGAUCCGAUUCGAGUCGAUUCGAGUCGAUUCGAGUCGAUUCGAGUCGAUUCGAGCCGAUUCGAGCCGAUUCGAGUCGAUUCGAGCCGAUUCGAAUCGAUUCGAAUCGAUUCGAGGCAUUUUGGAUCGAUUCGAAUCGAUUCGAAUCGAUUCGAAUCGAUUCGAAUCGAUUCGAGGCAUUUUUUUUUAAUUUUUCUGGGUGGUUAUUCGAGUCGAUUCGAUCCGAUUCGAGUCUAUUCGAGUCGAUUCGAGUCGAUUCGAGUCGAUUCGAGCCGAUUCGAGCCGAUUCGAGUCGAUUCGAGCCGAUUCGAAUCGAUUCGAAUCGAUUCGAAUCGAUUCGAAUCGAUUCGAGGCAUUUUUUUAAUUUUUCUGGGUGGUUAUUCGAGUCUGGGUGGUUAUUCGAGUCGAUUCGAUCCGAUUCGAGUCGAUUCGAGUCGAUUCGAGUCGAUUCGAGUCGAUUCGAGCCGAUUCGAGCCGAUUCGAGUCGAUUCGAGCCGAUUCGAAUCGAUUCGAAUCGAUUCGAAUCGAUUCGAAUCGAUUCGAGGCAUUUUUUAA